AGUUGUUAGGGCCUGAGAUUGUGCAACAAACAGUGGACAAAAUCAAUCUUAUUAGAGAGCGACUUCGCACUGCACAGAGUAGACAGAAAAGUUAUGCAGAUAACAAGAGACACGAUUUGGUGUUUGGGGUUGGAGACCAUGUGUUCCUUAAGGUGUCUCCUAUGAAAGGAGUAAUGAGGUUUGGUGUUCGUGGUAAACUGAGUCCUAGAUUUGUUGGACCGUUUGAGGUUUUAGAUCGAAUUGGAGAGGUAGCUUACAGACUUGCUCUACCACCUUCACUAGCUGGAGUUCAUAAUGUUUUUCAUGUCUCAAUGUUAAGGAAGUAUAUACCAGAUCCUAGUCAUGUGAUUGAUCAUGCACCGUUGCAGUUUAAGGAGGAUUUGACUUAUAUGGAACACCCUAUACGAGUUGUUGAUAGGAAGGAACAGGUUUUGAGGCGUCGUGUCAUUCACUACGUUAAGGUUCAAUGGAGUAAUCACUCGGAAAGAGAAGCUACUUGGGAACUUGAGGAUGAAAUGAAAUGA